AUGAACAGAACUCACCCCCAGAGAAACGGUGAUGUAGCUACUUCUGAUUCAACAAAGUCCUCCUCUGAAGAAAGAGGCUGCCGCCGGCCAUGGAGGCGCGUCUGCAUCUCUGCCACAGUGCUGCUCAUCCUCGUGGCUGCCGUGGCGUUGGCGGGUGCACUGGGACUUCUGCUACAUGCCCCAGUGAACCGCUUCUGCACAGCCUCCAGUAACCGGACAGGCUUCUUGUGCGAUGACAGAGAGACCUGCAUCCCAGCCAGUCAGGUCUGUGACAGCGCCCACAACUGCAGGAACAGAGAGGAUGAGCAGGAGGAACUCUGUGGCGACGUGCCCCACAGCCUUCCGGGAUACCUGGUUUUCCGCUGUAGUAAUGCUGCAUACUGGGUCUAUGCCGAUCGGAGGUGUAACGGGAUGAACGACUGCGGAGACUGCUCUGACGAGAUGGGGAGCUUGGCUGCUUGCCCCCCGUGUGGGUCCGAGUGGUGGAGCUGCAGCCCUGUGCUCUACGAGUACUGCUCCUGCAUCCCCAGGAGACUCUGCCGGGACGGCAUCCAGCACUGCCUCAGCUGGUCCGACGAGUAUCUGUGCAGGCCAUGA